AUGAGUGACCUCGCAGCAAUGGAGUCAGAGACUCCCAACAUCCCAGCCCCAAGAGAUAUCCAACUACCCUCAAACGUCCCAACCCUCAAUGAAAUCCUCUCAGCAAAUGACUUUGCUCUAGCCGCCCAGAAAGCUCUUACACCAAAAGCAUGGGCAUUCUACUCUUCCGCCGCCACAGAUUUGGUCACAUGGACAAAGAACCGUGAACUUAUCCGCAGAGUCAUGCUCAGACCAAGAAUCCUAAGAAAUGUAUCUGAAGUAAAGAUACACCGCAGAAUUCUGGGACUGGAUAGUAAGGCUCCGUUUAUUAUGUGUCCGGCUGCUAUGGCUACGCUGGCGCAUCCAGACGGUGAACUUGGUUGGAGUAGAGCUGCUGCUAGUGAAGGAAUCUUUGAGAUUAUCUCGAGUAACGCGUCUUAUUCGCUUCCUAGCAUAAUCGGCGCAGCUCCCAAAGGCCACCCCUUCUUCCUCCAACUCUACGUCAACUCCCACCGCGCCAAAACCACCGAACUUCUCAACCGCGCUCGCUCACUGGGCAUAAAAGCCAUCUUCGUAACAGUCGACGCCCCCGUGCCCGGCAAACGCGAAGCAGACGAGCGCGCGCCGCAAGCUGUGGUGAUCAAAUCGGAGAUGAGCGGUAGUGAGAGUAGUAAAGAUGGUAAGGGCAGUGGUUUGGGACGGUUGAUGGGGCAGUAUAUUGACAAGAGUCUGAGUUGGGACGAUUUGGAGUGGAUUCGACGCGAGAGCUCUGUGCCGAUUGUGUUGAAGGGUGUACAAACUGUGGAGGAUGUCAAGUUGGCGGUUGAGUAUGGGGUUGAUGGUGUUAUGUUGAGUAAUCAUGGCGGAAGAUCGCUUGAUGGUGCGCAAGCUUCUAUUCUUAUCCUCCUUGAAGUCCGAAAGCGCUUUCCCGAAGCUUUUGAUCAUCUCGAGAUCUUCAUCGAUGGUGGCUUUGAGCGUGGGUCGGAUAUUCUUAAGGCUAUUGCUCUAGGCGCUACUGCUGUUGGAAUUGCAAGGCCGUUCUUGUACUCGUUGGUAUAUGGUCAGAAGGGCGUUGAGCACCUCUCGCAAAUUCUCAAGGAUGAGCUCGAAACAUCGAUGAGACUUGCUGGUCUUACGAGUUUAGAUCAAGCAACGCCUGAUCUGGUGAAUACUUUAGAUAUAGAUCACCUUGUUACAUCCGGGCGCAUUGAGCCAAGCUCUGUGUCUCGAAAAGUCCGAUCUUCAAAGCUAUAG